CCCGCGCGUCUACGACAUAAACACCGCAACUUUUCGUCAUAACUCUUUGACGCGUCACGCGAGCAAGUACCUUUCUUCAAGUGGACUAAAUCACUUAAUUUCACCAUGUCUCUGUGGACCCCGUACGACCCGGAGCAAGUGUUGGACCUCAGCAAGGCGGCCGUUCCAGUGAAGAUCGAGCCAGACCUGCCGCCGUCGCCCCCCGCGCCCCCGGCCUACCCCGCCCCGUACCAGCAGUACUACGCGUCCUCGCCGCUCGUGUCGCCCGACUCCGUGUACCACAGCCAGCAGUCCCUGUACAGCGACUGCUCCCCGCCCGCCUCCAGCCCCGACUCGUCCUGUGACAGAGUGUCGUCGGCGUCGCGACUGCAGCGCCCUUUCAAGGCGGUCACAGCAGCCUUACCGGAGCUGGGCGCUUCAGUGGACCCGGACCCUCAGUACGCGGCGUUCAGAGCGGCCAUGCUUGAAGCUAUGCGGGCGAGGAACGGCGGGUCUCUGACGGUGUCGAACCCCCGCAUGCGUCGCUCCGUGCACCGCUCGAGCGACACCGGUGAAGACGCGGAGUACUUCGAGCGUCGCGCGAGGAACAACGCGGCAGCCAAGCGCAGCCGGGACCUGAGGAAGCAGAAGGAGGACGAGCUGGCCAUCCGCGUGGCCUACCUGGAGCGGCAGAACGCGCGCCUCCGCGAGGACCUGGCCGCUACCGUCAGCCGGCCCUGCCCAACCUGCCUCGCCAGGUUUACACCGUAUUGA